AUGUAUGCUCUGUACACUCCGAAACCUGGCCAUGGAAAACGUAAGCGUGGUCAACCCCGCUUAAACUACGUUGAUUACGUUGCAAGACUGAUCAACAACGAUGAACCACCGACAGUCGACGAGAUCAGAAAGACUGCUGCAGAUGGGAAACGCUGUAAUACUCAUGCACCUGGAGAAAAAGCUCGUUUAAUUGAGAUAAAAGAUCAACGUGUAACAAAUAUUGGUGUACAUUUAUUGAUUAGUUGUACAAUAUUUGCAGCUCCAACUAUUCGUAAACUUCCAGUUGCUGCCUUAUUUGGUAUAUUUUUAUAUUUUGGUACUGUAUCUAUAUCUGGUACACAAUUAUUUAGCCGAAUUAAAAUGGCAUUUAUUCCAACAAAAUAUUAUUCAAAUAUUGGCUAUUUAAGACGAGUAUACAUAACAACUCUUAUAAUCUAA